AUGAUCUUUGGAAGGUCGCUUUCGCGCGCCAUCGCGCGUGCACCUUCGACCAGCUUGGUCGCACCAUCACAGCGUCUUGCCGGCUUCCACUCCACCGCCAAGGCAUCUCGUAUCAUCGCAUCCCAGCCUUUGCGUGCCAAGGAGGCCGCUCGCCCUCUCGACGCCGCAAAGGGUUAUCCUGUCAUUGACCACGAAUACGAUGCUAUCGUUGUUGGUGCCGGUGGUUCCGGUCUCCGCGCCGCUUUCGGUCUCGCUGAGGCCGGUCUCAACACUGCCUGUAUCACCAAGCUUUUCCCGACCCGAUCGCACACCGUCGCCGCCCAAGGUGGUAUCAACGCAGCUCUUGGUAACAUGACCGAGGACGACUGGCGAUGGCACAUGUACGACACCGUCAAGGGUUCCGACUGGCUCGGUGACCAGGACGCCAUCCACUACAUGUGCCGUGAGGCUCCUCGUACCGUCAUUGAGCUCGAACACUUCGGUCUUCCCUUCUCCCGAACCAAGGACGGCAAGAUCUACCAGCGUGCUUUCGGUGGUCAGUCGCUCAACUACGGCAAAGGUGGCCAGGCUUACCGAUGUGCCGCCGCCGCCGACCGAACUGGACACGCCAUGCUUCACACCCUCUACGGUCAGUCGCUUCGCCACAACACCAACUUCUUCAUCGAGUACUUCGCUCUUGACUUGAUCAUGGAGGAUGGCGAGUGUGUCGGUGUCACCGCCCUCAAUAUGGAGGACGGCACCAUUCACCGCUUCCGCGCCCAUAAGACCGUCCUUGCCACUGGUGGUUACGGUCGUGCCUACUUCUCCGCCACCUCGGCCCACACCUGCACUGGUGACGGUAUGGCCAUGGUUUCCCGUGCCGGUCUUCCCCUCCAGGAUCUCGAGUUCGUUCAGUUCCACCCUACUGGUAUCUACGGUGCUGGAUGCUUGAUCACCGAAGGUUCGCGUGGUGAAGGUGGAUACCUCCUCAACUCGGAGGGUGAGCGAUUUAUGGAGCGAUACGCCCCUACCGCCAAGGAUCUUGCCUCGCGUGACGUCGUCUCGCGAUCCAUGACCAUCGAGAUUCGUGAGGGUCGUGGUGUCGGUCCCGAGAAGGACCACAUCUACCUCCAGCUUUCGCACUUGCCACCUGAGGUUCUCCACGAGCGUCUUCCCGGUAUCUCGGAGACCGCUGCCAUUUUUGCCGGUGUUGAUGUCACUAAGGAGCCCAUCCCCGUUCUUCCCACUGUCCACUACAACAUGGGUGGUAUCCCCACCAAAUACACCGGUGAAGUCUUGACCAAGGACCGCAACGGCGAGGACAAGGUCGUGCCCGGUCUCUACGCCGCCGGUGAGACCGCUUGUGUUUCGGUGCACGGUGCCAACCGUCUUGGUGCUAACUCGUUGCUCGACAUUGUCGUCUUCGGUCGUGCUUGUGCCAACCACAUCAAGGAAAACCUCUCGCCAGGUAAGCCUCACAAGGAGCUCAAGGGUGACGCCGGCGCUAAGUCGAUCAACGACCUCGACUGGGCCCGAAACGCCAACGGCUCCAAGACCACCGCCGAGAUCCGUAACGACAUGCAGCGUGUCAUGCAGUCCGACGCUGCCGUCUUCCGUACCCAGAAGACGCUCGACGAGGGCUGUCAGAAGAUCGACAAGGUGUACGAGGACUUCCCCAAUGUCUCGAUCCAGGACCGCAGCAUGAUCUGGAACUCGGAUCUCGUCGAAACUCUCGAGCUCAAAAACCUUCUUACCUGCGCCGCCCAAACCAUGCACUCCGCAGCUGCUCGUAAGGAAUCUAGGGGUGCUCAUGCGCGAAUCGAUUUCCCUGAUCGCCUGGAUGAUCAGUAUAUGAAGCAUACUUUGUCUUGGCAGCACGAGAGCACCGGCGAUAAGGUGAAGCUCGACUAUCGAAACGUCAUUUCAACUACCCUCGAUGAAGCAGAGUGCAAGCCUGUCCCUCCAUUCAAGCGCCAGUACUAA